CGAGAAUCGUAUGUGUUGCAAAUCAACGGUGUGUGUAUUUCGGGAGUCAUCUGUUUUCUUACAACAUCAGUAUUUCUAUAUUUGUUCAUCAUUUGUUACCGUUUGUCGGGUAGAGAGAGAGAGGGGGAGAGAGAAAGAGGGGGGGAGAGUAAUCCAUAACAAAGAGAGUAACCAGAAAAAAACAGUCAAUCGAAAAUGACGUGCCUUAUAGUAAAAAGAGAUUUGCAAGUAGUAAACACGUGCAAAAAAAAAUGUCUAUCGAUCCCGUAGAUAUGUUAUAGUUUAAGCGCCUGUUUAUUGCAUACCUUGUCGUAGAAUUACUUUUUAUUGGGUGAAUUCCACUAUCGAUGGCACAUUGAUACAAUGACAUUUUUGGCAGAUGAUUUACAACUCGACCGGUUAAUAUAUAUAUAUAUGCAAUAAACAGGUGCUUAAACUAUAACAUAUCUACGAGAUCGAUAGACAUUUUUUUGCACGUGUUUACUACUUGCAAAUCUCUUUUUACUAUCAGGCACGUCAUUAUAUAUAUAUAUAUUCAAACAUAUUGAGAAUAGCAUUUCAUUGACCUAACUUCAGUUGCAUUUUUUUCAGUCUGCUAAUCAGGUCAGAUGCACCGCAAAUUCAAUUGCGAAAAAUGCGUUCUUUAAACUUUUUGAAGGAAAUCGUUGUUGGCAAAUAAAAGUGAUAGAAAUUCCCGAUAAUUGCCUUUUUUGCAAACGACCGAAGCAUUAUGGCUAUUCCAUUGUAUUUUUUUUUCUUUUUUGAUCUACCAGAGAAAUUGAAAAGUUAAAAAAAAUCGUGUUUUCCGAUUUCCGUUUUUUUCUCUCUCGAUUAAUAAUUCCAAAAUCAAAUCGGAAGAAGAAACGCAUUUACCAAGCGCAUGAUUCAAAAAGUGAAGCGCAUCGAAUUCCGCAGAUGCCACACAGAUGGCGCCAUCAGUGCGUCACGGCGAACAUUGACACAUUGCUUGUCGGCGAAAUCGUACUUCAUCUUGAAUUUUACGGCAACUAAACUGUCUCUUUUUGUUCCGGUGUUCAAACAUUAUAGAACGCAAAAAUGUUUAUGCCAAAGUCGCAUCGUGUCCAAAUCUAUGAACAUUUGUUCAAGGAGGGAGUUAUGGUUGCCAAGAAAGACUUCAACGCACCAAAACACCCAGAAUUGGACGUUCCAAACUUGCACGUCAUCAAAACCUUGCAAUCGUUGCAAUCCAAAGGCUUAGUCCGUUCACAAUUCGCAUGGAGACAUUACUACUGGUACUUGGAAAACGAAGGUAUUGAAUAUCUCCGCUCAUACUUGCAUUUGCCAUCGGAAAUCGUUCCAUCGACAUUGAAACGUGCUGCCCGUACCGAACAAGCCGCUCGUGCUCGUCCAAGCGCUGCUCCACGCACUGGUGACAGCAAAACUGGCGCUGAUCGUUCAGCAUACCGUCGUGCUCCAGCUGAUGGACCUGACAAGAAGGGUGAUGUCGGUGCUGGAGCUGGUGAUGUCGAAUUCCGUGGUGGAUUUGGACGUGGUUCACGACCUCAAUAAACUAAUGGUAUUCGAAACCAAUAACACUUGAUUAAAAUAAAGAUCAAUUUCUAUUGAAAAAAGAUUGAA